CAGGAACAAUGGAACUUGUGUAUGCUGUUUCGAGCAGGAGCACGGAUUUUAUUGAUUUGAAAUGAGACUUGCUGACAAAACGACCAUGGGCGACCGCUCGAAGUCAGAUGCAGACGAAGAAGAAACGGACUCUCGUCUUUUAUCAGAAAGCACACGGGAUGACUUGGACAAAGGUCAUGACCUAGAACAGGACGAAGUUCAUCAAGGGACGUGUGGAAAGAUUAUAUGUCGCCGUAGUCUAGACGACCCAGCUGUUUGGAGAUGGGUCGUCGUUGCCGGGAUGUUUGUGGUGUCAUUUUUUCAUGGAAAUGAGCGCUCCUUGGGUUUAUAUUACGUGGAGCUGAUGGACUAUUUUGAGACGGACAGCUCAGUCGUGUCUCUCAUUGGCAGCGUCUAUUACACUUGCUAUUGUUUCUUCGGUAUUUUCACUCUUCCACUUUUGGAGAGAUACGGACCUCGGCUGAUGAUCAUGCUGGGAGGAGUGUUUCUCUUUGCUGGAUUCCUGAUAACGGCGUUCGCUUCCAAUGUCUACGUCUGCAUUGCAACACUUGGUGCCUUCGUGGGGUGCGGAGCAUCAAUGACAUACGUGAAUGCUUCCUCAGUAAUCAUGUUUUACUUCACGAAACAACGGGUGCUUGCACAGGCCAUCGGGACCAGCGGACUCGCCGUUGGUGCGAUUAUUCUACCCAUGUGCGUGCAGCAACUGAAUCAACGAUACGCGUGGCGAGGGGGUUCCGUUAUUCUUGCUGCCAUGGCGUUGAAUGUGUGCGUGAGUGGCGCUCUCGUCCGACCAAUCAAAAGAACGAAUGGCAGGUCACGUGGUCACACACCAGACGAUAGCAGUCCACGUGACAAAUCUCGAGGCAUGUGGAACUCCUUAAAAGAAUUACUGUGUUCAAGAGUAGCUGUGUUUUUAUUCAUUCAGAGUUCAUUCAUCCAAGCAGGCAUUUCGAUAUUAACAAUGCACAUGAAAGCGGCUACCAUAGCGACAACCGGUGUCAGUGAUGAACUCGGUUCGUACGUAAUCUCAUUCUACGGUGGUGGCCUCUUUAUUGGGCUUCUAUCGUCUGGUAUCGCAAUGCACGCGAUCAACAUUGAACCAAUCAUUCUCCUUGAGAUCUAUUACUUCUGUUGCGCAUGUGGAGUCACUCUGAUUCCGACCUGCCGAACAUAUCCUACUAUGGUCGGCUGCAUUUGUAUAUUUGCACUUUUCACAGCCCCAAACGCCACCAUUUUACCAAUAGUUUUCUAUGAUCUUGUGGGUGCGGAAAAACUAAGAAUGGCCUGGGCUCUUCGUUUUGCAUUUUGCGGGAUAGGUGGGUUUGUUGGACCAGCAAUUGCGGGCCUCUUGUACGACAACACAAAGGAUUACACUUACUCAAUGUAUCUUAGUGGAGCUGGGAUUUUCCUUUCCGUCUUACUUAUGAUUGAACCUUGUGUUACUGUGACGAGAGCGAAAAAUAUGGCACAACUUGACGAUGUGAAGAAGAAAGUUCGAGAAGAAGAAAUGUGGCAAAGUGUCACCAGUCUACCAGGAAGCGCUUUAUGAUGUCUGGCAUAACUUAUAAUGUUUACCGUGUUGUAUACCAUACGUGAUCGAGGCCAGGGCGGGAUCGAGGCACAGGACCUACUGGCAAGACAGGCAAUAUCAAGAAUACCAGAGUCCAUUUGAAAGACACUGAGAUCACUAAGAUAUUUGAAGCUUUUGUACAGCAUCGAAUCUAGCGAUAGGUGCAAACUUCUGACAAUAGGGGGAUUAUACAGAAUAAAUCGGCCCCCUAUAAAGUCAUAUUAUCAUCAAUUGACUCAAGAAAAAGGAUUGCUGGUACAGAGUUGCGUGUAGGCUACGCAUCCCAUCUAUCUGUCUUGUCCGCUAACCCCAAAAAUGACUGCACACUCUAGUUUACAAAACUUUCCUUUAAGAGGAAAAGUUUGAUCAGAUUCUGCCUCUCGUAUUCUCCCUUUACAGGGACAACUUGGGCGUGGGACUUACCUAGCCAUGAGGAUAGUACCCCAGCUUGACACUAUGCCCCGCCACUCAUAGUAUCACACUCAUUCAUAUCUCUGAUAAUGGUUUUCACCGGUGUUGUGAGGUAGUUUUGGAUAUCCCAUAGCUCACUUGUAAAUUCCAAGCAGGCCUAAGGUUACAUCCCAUUCUAGUGCAUUGUUUAUUGCAGAUCUAUGAGUUUUCAAUUAUCCUGUUAGGUGAGGUUGCGGUCCUGCUGGAAGCCGUCUUUGUAUGGAAAACCAACAUAUCUUAUGCCCAAGUUGGUCAUAAACAAUAUUCUGUAUAAUAUAAAAACUUAAUGGAAUGCUGGUACGAUAUGUUAAGCAUGCUCAUCCCAUCUGUCUAGUGGCCAAACCCAACAGAAAUGAGCAGAAAAUUGCUUUACAAAUUGCUGCAUAAUGACUUCAUUAUCUCAACGUACGUAAGGGUACAAUGGGACAGAUGUGCUUACACUCAAUACAGCGUUAAGCACAUACCUAAGGGUUGUCAUCUUGAUUUUUUAAGUACGUUAGUUAGGCGUUAGUUGCCCUUAUAUCUGUCAAUUAAUGAUUUAAACAUGUGGUACUCUAACGGCCAUGUGCCUUUUUUUGCCGAAGUCACAACCAUGCAGUAUCUCGGCGACAUAAACAUAAAACGUGUCCGCAAUGUAAAGUUUCUAUUUCGUAAAAAAGUGCGUAUACUCAAAUGCAUUUAGUUGCAAAAGACACAAAAACCUACAUGUACAUGUACAUUGUAAAACAUAAUUUACUGUCAAAUUACCUUCAGAAUAUGUCGAAAAACCUAAUAACAGGAUCCCUAAUAAACUGGAAUCCGAAAGCUGACACUUAUCAGAGUCUACAAAGACUCUGUCGAUAUGUUGUAGUCGUUUUGCUUUCAGCCUCGGAAGA